AAAAACAGAGACACAGAAGAGACCGCACGUUACACUUAACUACACUUCUCCUUUGAGCUCGCUGUUGCCGCGCGCGCCCCACACCCGCAAUCUAUAUAAAUUCAUUUCCCACCCUCUCUUUCCCUCUCUCUCUCUCUCUCUCUCUCUCUCUCUCUUAAAAAUUUCAGUCUUUCAGUCUUUCGCUCCUCAACAUUUCUUGGAAUGUUGGCUACUAACCCUAGCCUCUUCUUCUUCUCCUCCUCCAAACCCUCCUCAACCCGCCUCCGCUGCCGCGCUGCCACCGGCGACCUCCCUCGCGGCCCCGCAUUCCCGCGCUUAAUUCAAUUCCCCUCUGCCGCUGCUGACGCGGCGGCCGUCGGCGUCCGAAUUGGCCAGGAGGCCGAGCUCGACGGCGGCUCGGCUCGGCUUCGCGGCGGCGGUAGCGGCAGUGGCAGUGGUGGUGUUAAGGUGAAUGCCAUGGAGAGGAAGUGGUCGCGUGACAGAGAGAGCUAUUUGACUCACAACGGCGACCCCCUCCCUCUUCCGAUGACAUAUCCCAAUACUUCGCCGGUGUCACCCGAGGAGAUUGACCGGAGGCUCCGAUGUGAUCCUAUAGUUGAGGAUUGCAAGGAAGUUGUAUAUGAAUGGACAGGAAAGUGUAGGAGUUGCCAAGGCUCAGGAUUUGUCAGUUAUUUCAACAAAAGAGGAAGAGAAACUAUCUGCAAAUGCCUACCUUGCCAAGGAAUUGGAUAUGUACAAAAGAUAACAGCUCGCAAGGACAUUGAAGUAAUGGAGGAUUUGGAUAAUGGAAGACCGCCGUGAACUAUAAAAAAAGUGUUAUUUUUUGUAUAAUUUUUUGUAUAUUGGUGAUAUUUUACAAUUAUUUUGAUGAGUUAUCUUUUCCC